AUGGCAGCUGGAACCAAAGGCACCAUCACGCAGGUCAUCGGAUCAACCUUCGAUGCUCAGUUCCCCGAGGGCGAUUUGCCCGAUAUCUACAACGCGAUCUCUGUCGAGUUUGAGCUCGACGGCAACGCUGUGAAGCUGACCGGAGAGGUCCAGCAGCACCUCGGCGGCGGACGUGUGCGAGCAGUCGCGCUCGGAACCACCGAUGGUCUAAGCCGCGGCAUGGCGAUCACUGACCUUGGCGCACCGGUUUCGGUCCCUGUUGGUGAGAAAGUCCUCGGACGCGUGUUCAACCUGCUCGGCGAUCCGAUCGACAACAAGCCAGCUCCAGAGGGCGCGGAUCGCAAACCGAUCCACCGUGAACCACCUGAGUUCUCGGCGCUGAACCCAAAGACUGAAAUCCUCGCGACUGGUAUCAAGGUCGUCGACUUGCUCUGCCCGUUCGUGCGUGGUGGUAAGAUCGGCCUCUUCGGUGGUGCGGGUGUGGGCAAGACGGUGAUUAUCCAGGAGAUGAUCGCUCGUGUUGCUCGUGAGUUCGGUGGGUACUCCGUGUUCUGUGGUGUGGGUGAACGUACUCGUGAAGGGAACGACCUCUGGCGCGAAAUGUCAGAAGCGGAGUUCACUGAUGAGAACGGCAACACCGCGUAUGUUAUUGACAAGGUCGCGAUGGUCUUCGGUCAGAUGAACGAGCCUCCAGGUUCGCGUCUCCGUGUCGCUCUUUCCGGCCUCACCAUGGCGGAAGACUUCCGCGAUGAGUCGGGUAAGGAAACCAUGAUGUUCGUGGACAAUAUCUUCCGCUUUACCCAAGCGGGUUCGGAAGUGUCCGCGCUCCUCGGCCGUAUGCCUUCAGCGGUGGGUUACCAGCCAACCCUCUCGACUGAAAUGGGUGAGCUCCAAGAACGAAUUACCUCGACUGCCAAGGGUGCGAUCACCUCGGUGCAGGCGAUCUAUGUUCCUGCGGACGACCUCACUGACCCGGCUCCAGCGACGGCGUUUGCUCACCUCGAUGCGUUCGUGGUUCUCGAGCGUUCGAUCGCUGAAAAGGGUAUCUUCCCUGCGGUCGAUCCACUCGCAUCGACCUCGCGUAUUCUCGAUCCAGGGAUCAUCGGCGAGCGUCACUACGCGGUCGCGCAGCGCGUACAGAAGGUGCUCCAGCGCUACAAAGACCUCCAGGACAUCAUCGCGAUUCUUGGUGUGGACGAGCUUUCCGACGAGGACAAGCAGAUCGUGGGCCGCGCUCGUCGUAUCGAACGCUUCCUUUCCCAGCCGUUCUAUGUUGCUGAAGUCUUCACCGGCUUCCCAGGUAUCUACACCUCGCUCGAAGAAUCCAUCGAUUCGUUCGAGCGUCUGUGUGACGGCGAAGGCGACGACCUCCCAGAAUCCGCGUUCAUGUAUGUCGGUACACUCGACGACGCACGCAAGAAAGCAGAAGCCGCGGCUGCCGCUGCUGGUUGA